GAAAAUACAAAAAUAAUAAAAGAUUUCAAACUCUCUUCCAAGCUCCGUCCGCCUCACUCCCCCUCUUUCUUUACGUUCUGCUUCAAUUUUAAGCUAUCUAUUUUUUUUUCUUUAAAAAAAAAAAUCACUCUCUCUCAUAUUUAUAUACAAAAUUUCUCUUUCUCUAAUUUUAUUUUUCAAAAACCCUCCCCUCCCCUCUCCUUCCAUCUUUCUAGAAGAUCCUCUAUUUUCCUUUUUUUUUUUAGUCUUUUUCAUACUUCUCUUUUUAGGGUUUGGCUGGUACAGUAUCUAGGGUUUUCGUUCACCAACAUUCUAGUGGAAGAGAUAUAGUGUUGGAUAUUAUUUUGGGGGAAAGUGUGUGAUAAGAGAGGUGAACUUUUUUAGAUAUGGCGGCUGAGAGGCUUAGGGAUUUGAGUCAGCCGAUUGAUGUUUCCUUGCUUGACGCCACCGUUGCUGCCUUUUACGGCACCGGAUCUAAACAAGAGAGAGCACAUGCUGAUCAGAUCUUGCGAGAUCUGCAAAAUAAUCCAGAUAUGUGGCUUCAGGUUGUGCACAUCUUGCAGCAGACAAAGAGCCUUAAUACCAAGUUUUUUGCCUUGCAGGUUCUUGAAGGUGUCAUCAAGUAUAGAUGGAAUGCCUUGCCUGUUGAGCAGCGAGAUGGAAUGAAAAAUUACAUUUCUGAAGUCAUUGUACAGUUGUCAAGCAAUGAGGCAUCCUUUCGAGCAGAAAGGCUGUAUGUCAACAAGCUGAAUAUCAUAUUGGUUCAGAUUCUAAAACAUGAUUGGCCAGCUAGAUGGCGAAGCUUCAUUCCUGAUCUUGUUGCAGCAGCAAAAACUAGUGAAACAAUAUGCGAAAAUUGCAUGGCAAUACUGAAACUUCUAAGUGAAGAAGUUUUUGAUUUCUCAAGGGGUGAAAUGACUCAACAAAAGAUCAAAGAGCUUAAACAAUCUCUAAAUAGUGAGUUUCAACUCAUUCAUGAGUUAUGCUUAUACGUAUUAUCAGCUUCGCAAAGAACAGAGCUUAUACGGGCUACCCUGUCCACCUUACAUGCAUUUCUUUCGUGGAUUCCUCUGGGCUAUAUAUUUGAAUCAACUUUGCUGGAAACACUCCUAAAAUUUUUCCCUGUACCAUCAUACCGGAAUCUUACCCUCCAAUGCCUAACAGAGGUUGCUGCCUUAAAUUUCGGGGACUACUAUAACGUGCAAUAUGUUAAGAUGUACAAUAUAUUUGUGGUCCAGUUGCAGACUAUUCUCCCACCCACUACAGACAUCCCUGAGGCUUAUGCACAUGGAACCAGUGAGGAACAGGCAUUCAUUCAGAAUUUGGCACUAUUCUUCACUUCAUUCUACAAGUUUCACAUUCGGGUGCUAGAGACUGCGCAAGAAAAUAUUUCUGCAUUGUUAGUGGGUCUGGAAUACCUUAUCAACAUAUCUUAUGUGGAUGAUACAGAGGUCUUUAAGGUUUGCUUGGACUAUUGGAACUCCUUGGUCUUGGAGCUGUUUGAUGCAAAUCAUAACAUGGAUAAUUCUGCUGUAACUGCAAACAUGAUGGGACUGCAGGUGCCUUUGCUUCCUGGCCUGGUCGAUGGCCUUGGUGCCCAGCUUCUGCAACGAAGGCAACUUUAUGCUGGUACAAUGUCAAAGCUGAGAAUGCUCAUGAUUUGCCGUAUGGCUAAGCCUGAGGAGGUUUUGAUAGUUGAGGAUGAGAAUGGCAAUAUUGUUCGAGAGACGAUGAAAGAUAAUGAUGUUCUUGUUCAGUAUAAGAGUAUGAGGGAGACAUUGAUCUAUUUGUCUCACUUAGAUCAUGAGGAUACUGAAAAGCAGAUGCUAAAGAAAUUAAGUAAGCAAUUGAGUGGUGAGGAUUGGACUUGGAACAACUUGAACACAUUAUGUUGGGCAAUAGGAUCUAUUUCUGGUUCCAUGAUGGAAGAACAGGAAAACAGGUUUCUGGUGAUGGUCAUUCGUGAUUUGCUGAAUUUGUGUGAAAUCACUAAAGGGAAAGACAAUAAAGCUGUUAUUGCUAGUAACAUUAUGUAUGUGGUUGGACAAUAUCCAAGGUUUUUAAGGGCUCACUGGAAGUUCCUUAAAACUGUUGUUAAUAAGUUGUUCGAAUUCAUGCAUGAAACACAUCCAGGAGUUCAGGAUAUGGCCUGUGAUACAUUCUUGAAGAUUGUUCAGAAAUGCAAGCGAAAAUUUGUGAUUGUGCAGGUUGGAGAAAAUGAACCAUUUGUAUCUGAACUUCUAUCUGCUCUUGCAACCACCGUUGCUGAUCUAGAGCCUCAUCAGAUUCAUUCAUUUUAUGAAUCAGUUGGUCAUAUGAUUCAAGCAGAAUCUGAUCCCCAUAAGAGGGAUGAAUACUUGCAGAGACUGAUGGAACUCCCCAACCAGAAAUGGGGUGAAAUUAUUGGGCAGGCACGUCAAAGUGUUGACUUCCUUAAAGACCAGGAUGUGAUAAGAACUGUGUUGAACAUAUUGCAGACAAAUACUAGUGUUGCCAGUUCUCUUGGAACGCACUUCUUAUCUCAGAUUUCUUUAAUCUUCCUAGACAUGCUCAAUGUAUACAGAAUGUACAGCGAGCUUAUAUCAAGUAGUAUUGCAGAAGGUGGACCCUAUGCAUCAAAAACAUCCUAUGUGAAACUUCUACGAUCUGUUAAGAGGGAGACUCUAAAGCUCAUUGAAACAUUUUUGGACAAGGCAGAAGAUCAACCACAAAUUGGGAAACAAUUUGUGCCCCCAAUGAUGGAUCCAGUUCUUGGUGACUAUGCUAGGAAUUUGCCUGAUGCUAGAGAAUCUGAAGUUCUUUCACUUUUUGCCACAAUAAUAAACAAGUAUAAAGUUGCAAUGAUAGAUGAUGUUCCCCGUCUAUUUGAAGCUGUUUUUCAGUGCACACUGGAGAUGAUAACCAAAAAUUUUGAAGAUUACCCAGAACAUCGCCUCAAAUUCUUUUCACUGCUUCGUGCCAUUGCUACUCAUUGUUUUGCUGCACUUAUACGGUUAUCAAGUCAGCAAUUAAAGCUUGUUAUGGAUUCAAUCAUUUGGGCAUUCCGGCAUACAGAGAGAAAUAUUGCAGAAACUGGUCUAAAUCUUCUAUUGGAGAUGCUGAAAAACUUUCAGGCUUCUGAAUUUUGCAACCAGUUCUACCGAACAUACUUUUUGUCAAUUGAGCAAGAAAUAUUUGCCGUCUUGACAGACACAUUUCACAAACCUGGUUUCAAGUUGCAUGUCUUGGUUUUGCAGCACCUGUUCUGCCUGGUUGAGAGUGGUUUGUUGACUGAGCCAUUGUGGGAUGCUGCUACGGUUCCAUAUCCAUAUCCAAACAAUGGAAUGUUUGUUCGUGAAUACACGAUAAAGCUUCUGAGUACAUCAUUCCCCAACAUGACUGCUGCUGAGGUUACUCAAUUUGUGAAUGGAUUAUUUGACUCGAGAAAUGAUUUGUCCACUUUUAAAAAUCACAUACGGGACUUCCUUGUGCAAUCAAAAGAAUUUUCAGCUCAGGACAAUAAAGAUCUCUAUGCAGAAGAGGCUGCCCUACAAAGGGAAAGAGAGCGACAACGGAUGCUUUCUAUCCCAGGGCUCAUUGCCCCAAAUGAGAUACAAGAUGAGAUGUUGGACUCGUAGAUGUGGCUAAUUUGGGCAUGGAGGCUAAUUUGUUUAAUUUUGACUUGGGAGUUAAGGUUGCGCCUUGAUUUUAUGACCUGUAUCCCUGAAUGUAAUCAGAUAUGAUACAGCAUUUUCACCCAUUGUUUUUCCCAAGGUUGCUUAUUUUUGUUGAAAAUGGUGGUUGCACACGGGCUAUAUAUGUGGCGGUUCGGUGAUGUGUAGAGUAUUUAGGUGUUUGACGUAGUACAAUCUGGGUCAUUGUAAUCCUUUCCUAGCUCCAGCUUGAUAUUUGUAUUCAUCAUGAUAGUUGGGAUGCACUGAAGUUCUUUUAGAUGACUUAUUUUCAAGUAUUGUUGAUUCAUCCUAUAGGUUUUAAAAAGGAAAUACUAACGGCAGAGGGUUGUGCAGAGAACCUUUUUCUCUUUUUUAGAUUUGAUUGAAAGUGUUUGGCUACACGCUA